AUGAUAUUUCCCAUACACGCUCGACAAAAUGCACCUACUCCCGCUGACAUUCUGCCUAUAGCCGCGCCCUUGCUCAUAGGCAGCCUAUUUAACUGGGGUUUCUAUGGCGUGCUGUCAAUGCAGGUCUACAUGUAUCAUCUUGCGUUCCCUAACGACCGCUGGACAGCAAAGGCACUCGUCUAUGGGAUAUAUCUCUUGGACACCGCCCAGACGAUCCUUGUCACUCUAGACGUCGUGGACAUGUACGCAAAGAAUUUUGGAGAUGUCAGCGGGCUGGACGGUAUGCACAACGAGUGGUUAGCCGUUCCUGUCUUCUCGAGCAUAGGCGAGUGCUGCACCGUUCAACUGUACUAUGCCUAUCGCAUUAGAUAUCUGGCUGAGACGUAUAAUCGGCUCUUGAUGGCUGUCAUCUCGGCGCUUGCACUGCUGCAAAGCAUUGCCGGCAUUGCUACAGGUAUCCAAGCGGCUAUCAUUGGUACAUUCAUGGGUCUUGAAGCUAGGGCGCACUCGGUUACGAUUAUAUGGCUGGGCGGCAGCGCGGCAUGCGACGUCGUGAUCGCAGUAACAAUGGCGUACCUGCUUACGCACAAGGACACCCACUACCCGGAGACCCGCGCAAUUAUCACUCGGGUCGUCCACCUCAUAGUCAAAACUGGUGUCCUCACUGCCCUGUCCGCUAUUCUCGUCCUCGUCCUUUACGUCGCGCUGCCCUCGCGCGCCUAUUACGCGUGCAUCGGCGCGAUCCUCGCGAAGCUAUACAGCAACUCGCUCCUCGUGCUUUUCAAUACUCGGAUGCACAUCCGCGGCGGGCGUAACGGGCCCUCGCAUGUCCAUACUGGACCACCGGUCCGUGCUAGUAUACGCUCCGCGAGCCACGCCGCGGCCGCGGUGAGCUUGGGCGCGCCCGGCGGCGCGACGACCAUGUCGAGCUUCGGUGGUGUGCAUGUCCACGAGCAGGUGUGGGUGCACACGGAUGGGAUGGAGAUGAAGGAGCGAUCCUCGAGUCCGGUGGAGAAAGCUGUCGUUUUCGGCCUCGCUAGCUAG